CUCUACUCAGUUACAACACAUAAGACACUGAAGAGUAACCCUUCUUGUUUAACCUGCAACAUCAAAAUGCACUCCGGGACCUUUUUCGUGCUUUCUUCAUCUUUAUACCUGCUGGUGGUGGUGACAGCCUCAGAACCUACCUGUGAGCAAACCACAGACUUCGAACCCUGCCGUGGAGACAUAGGAAAUUUCUGCCCAAGUGAUAUAGAAUGCGUUUGUGUAAACUUAAAACCACAAUGCAGUUGUCCUUACUAUAAAGGUCCUAAAGGUGAUUACUGGUACAUGGGUGCAAAAUGUGACCAGCUCUGGACUACACGGGACCUGAUCUUCGUAACAGUACUGCCAGGUGUGGCCUUGGCUGCUGUAAUCGCAGUCAUAGCACAGCUCAUUUAUCACUGCAAAACUAGCGCAAGCAGGAAAACUUCAAAGAGUUCACAGCAACAAAAAGAACGUUUGACUUCAGAUCACCAACAGACUGGGAAUCAACGGCAACAGAUAGAAAGGCAAUCAACAAAUUACUUCCAGAACCAAGGCUAUGUCUCGAAUGAAAACCCGAUAUAUACAGAUCAGAUGCGAAAUAGUGCACCAAUGCCACCACAACGCAUGAGACCAGCAAUGAGUACAGAAGAGCCACUACACAAUGGAGGUAGAGGGUUUCAAUAUGUUCCAAGCACUAGCCAAACAAUGUCUGAAGGCCCAGUAAAUACAAUGCCACACACAGGGCAUUUCCAACCAAAAGCCCAGCUGGGGUACCCUGACAUGCCACUACCUGAUGAAGAUUAUAUUACAAAUCAGAGACCCAACUACCAACAAAAUCAUAGGGCAUCGCUUUUUCCUAAAGUGUCAACAUCUGUACCACAAGCUGACUACAGACAAGCUUCUGCUUCUCAAUGGACCGAUACACCAUACAUGUUUGCACGUCCUCAGAUUAGAAAUGAUUACAGAUAUUGAUAAUUAUUAACUGGUAAAUAAAAUACUGUUUCCAUGGAAAAGUAUGUAUGUAGGCAUAUCUUUCUCGAAUUAAAACAAAAGAUUAUACAUAAUGAAUAUAUAUACUAUGCAGCUUUGAUUACUGUGAUAUCUAUCACGGACUAAACACAUUAAUAUAACAAUUACAGUGUCUAACUUUAAAAAUAUAACCUUUUUGCCCAUCAGUCUCAUUGCUGAUCUUUAUGCUAUAUCUAUAUUCAUAAUAUGGAUAACUGAAGAAUUGUGCCAAAUAAAUGUUGUUAUUUUUGCUUUAUGAUUAAUAAAAAAAAAACAAUUUUAAAUGAU